CAACUAAUAAGCAUAUGUAAGUACAAAAGCUUAAAGCAGUAAGUAACCAAUAAUUUCUUUUGUAACUCCCAACUCUUUCUGACACAAACAACAUCAUAUCAUAUCUUAAACUCAAAACCAAAACUAAACUCAUUACUCUGAAAAAAAAUCAAAAGUCUCUCUCUCUUCUAAUCAAUUAGGAGAGCAAAUAAGAUGCAGAGUUCUUGUGUCUACCGAGAAUGCAUGCGCAACCACGCCGCAAAGCUCGGCUCUUACGCCAUCGAUGGCUGCCGUGAAUACUCUCAAUCAGUCACCGGCGAUCUAUGCGCCGCCUGUGGUUGCCACCGCAGCUACCACCGUCGCGUCGAAGUAAUAUCUUCUGCUCAAAUCAGCCACACGCGCUUCCCUUUCAUGAGCUUGAGGCGCGUGAAGCAGCUCGCGAGGCUGAAAUGGAAAACGGCUGAGCAGAGAAAAGCGGAUGUUGAUGAUGAGGAGGAGGAGGACACGGAGGAGACUUCGACGGAAGAGAAGAUGACGGUGCAGCGGCGGAGUAAGUCGAAGUUCACGGCGGAGCAAAGGGAAGCGAUGAAAGAUUUUGCGGCGAAGAUAGGAUGGACGUUGAAGGAUAAGAGAGCAAUUAGAGAAGAGAUAAGAGUCUUCUGCCAAGGGAUUGGUGUUACUCGUUAUCAUUUUAAAACUUGGGUUAACAAUAAUAAAAAGUUUUAUCACUAAUUAACUAGUAUUGUAAUCAUUAAUUGAUGUACUAGUAGUACUAGUAUAAUUUAGUUCCAUUUCAUUUUCAACCCCUCCUUAAUCUCUAUGAUUAUAUAAUUUUAAUGGAUUGGUAGUGUUUUAAUGUGUUU